CCUUUUCCAAUUCAGAUAGAACAACUCGCUGCUUUUAAUUUAUUUUUAUUUUUGAUUUUGAUUUUUCUUUUUAAUGUUCCUCUCCUGGAGUUUCGAACUGUAAAAGCACCAGGGUGGGGGAAAGGGGGCUUUAAGAAAGACUGUUGCAAAGACUCAGGCAAGGGUCAUUUCCCCACCCCACCAAAAUGAUGCUCAGCCCGGACCAAGCGGCGGAUUCCGAUCACCCCUCCUCGGCUCCCUCGGACCCGGAGUCCCUGGCGGGGACCGACGCCAAGGGGCUGCUAGGCUGCUGCGUCUCGGACCCGGAGCCGGUGGAGGAGGGCGGCGGCGAGGGCAAGGGGGGCGGCCGGGCGGCCCUGCACCCCCAGCAGCUGAGCCGCGAGGAAAAGCGGCGCCGGAGGAGGGCCACGGCCAAGUACCGCUCGGCCCACGCCACUCGCGAGCGGAUCCGGGUGGAAGCCUUCAACCUGGCCUUUGCCGAACUGCGCAAACUGCUGCCCACCCUGCCCCCGGACAAAAAACUCUCCAAGAUCGAGAUCCUGCGCCUGGCCAUCUGCUACAUCUCCUAUCUCAACCACGUGCUGGACGUGUAGGGGCUGGGCCGCGGGAGAGAGGGACCGCGGAAGCACUGAUGGAGAAGAAGGAGGCGACGCGCACUGCCGGGAGGUGAUACUGAGAAGGGGAGACACUUGCAACAUAUUCCACCUGGGGAAGGGAGUGGGCAUCCUGGGGGCCCUCUGAGCGCUUCCUGGCACACCCUGGGGUGUAUCUGAAUCUUUCGGGACAGCUUUGGGGGGUUCCCCCAGAGUCUUUCGGGUCAGACAUUGCAGAUGCAUCUGCGUUUUCCAAGACAGCGGUAGGGCGUGAUAACCAGCCAAGAUCAUUCAUAUCAAUAGGCCAACUCGCUGUCUCCUGCAGGGCUAGCUCCUUUGGAAAUCACUCCAGACUUCGCAGGUAACAUUUCAUUGUCCUCCCUUUCUUAUUGAAGGAGAGCUCAGAGCUCUGAUGGCUUCUAGGGGACAAAAGCUCCGAAAUUAGAGAGUUUUUUAUUUCUCCUCCAUGAAAAUCGCACAGUGCCCUACACAAAAUGCAAGAGACGAGUUUGUUUUUCACACGAGAUCUUUUACAAUUAGCCUCCAAUUCAGCAAAGCACUUAAGCACUUGCCAGGUCAAGGGGACUUUAAAACGGGCCUAAGUUCUGCAAGCUUAAGUGCUUUGCUGAAUGAGGACAUUAACGACUCAGAAGGUAAAAGGAAGCUAUAAAGAACAUAAAAAGGGAAAGGGCAGAUGCAUUUCCAAAGUCUUCUGGGGGUAUAUAAAAAUAUACUGAAUAUUUUGCAAGGUUUUCUUUUUUAAAAUCAUUUCCCACCUAUACCGCAAUGUGGAAGAGCAGUCUGGUGACACAAAUAUAGAAAGUCCAGUUUUAGAAGGAAAAUGUAAAAUCAGAUUGUUUUUCAGGCUGUCAAGUGCCCCUUUAUAUAUCCAAAAACAUCUACUUGUGACCUUAAACAUGUGACCCAUGGGUGCAGUUAAAAAUAACUAUUUUUUAUUUAAGUUAGAAGGAGUAGACAAUUUAUUUUUUUCAAGACCUAUUUAUUUUUCUGAGUGGUGGCAAUUUUACUUUGGAUACUUUGUGCCAAUUGGUUUAUAUAGUCGAGUGUUUACACUUUCUCCUGUGGAAUAUUAUGUCUAACUUUUCAAGUGUUUGUUGGGAUCAAUACAGUGGUUAUUUGUUUUUUGCUCCAAUUAUAUUGCACUUGUAUAUGACAACCUUCCCUUCCGCCCUGUUUCUAAGUAUAUUUUAUAUAUUAAGACAUUUGUUCUUGAAGGAUUUUUCUUUUUUGUGUGGGAUCAACACUAGCACUUCACUAGAGGUUUUUUUUUUAAAAUACUUGUUGUUAUUCUGAAUUAUAGUUAUGUCUGAAAAGUACUUUACAAACAGUUUAUAAGGGAAGUAGUUUUUUGUCUGUGUGUGCGUGCGUGUGUGUGUGUGUGUGUGUGUGUGUAUGUGUGCGUGCGUAUGUAUGUGUGUGGUAUUUUUUUAGGAAAUGACUUUUUUCCUAAAAAAAAAAAAAAAAAAAAAAAUAAAAAUAAAAAUAAAAAUAAAAAAAAAUCCAGGACUACUUUCCUUUGUAACAACCAAAAAAAUUCUAUAACCUGAAAAUGUUUCAUGUUCUCUGCUGUGAAUCUCUCAAAACAAGGAGCGCGUUUUAGAGACAAGAAAAAAGAAAAAAGAAGUCUGCGAUCCAAAGAUUUUAAUCUUUUUCAGGGUUUUUUUGUGUGUCUUUGUUGCUUUAUAUAAUGCAAUAUUUUGUAGUGAAAAUAGAUAAAUCUGGUUUCUAUCUGACGCGUUUUUCAUAUCUCUCAUGAA